GAAACUUUGUUAUUCUUGCUGUGCCCGGAGAGUUUACCACUAUGGCUGGACGACGACUUCGUAAUGCAGCAAAAGCGACACUUGUCGCAAACGGGGUCAUUGGAGAGGACGGUAUCGUUGUGCUUUCUGGUCCUGCAAACGAAUAUACCCACUAUGUAACCACUUUUGAAGAAUACGCUGUUCAGCGAUACGAAGGUGCUUCCACAAUCUACGGCCCUAAUACUCUCAAUGCCUACAUCAGCAUUUACAACGACCUCGCCAAAUCUUUCGUCGAUGGGAUCAUACCCGACGCAGGUGAUCCACCACCGGACCUAACUGGUAAAGCUCUAACUUUGUUACCGGGUGUCAUUGUUGACAUCCCGCCCAUUGGCAAAAAGUUUGGUGAUAUUCUUCAGGAUGUCGAUGCCAAUUCGACGUUCACCCCGGGCCAACAAGUUUCUAUUCAAUUCGUCACUGGGAAUCCGAGGAACGACCAUUUUCGAGAUGAUAGUUUCAUGUAUGUACAAAAGCUGGAUGAGAGUAGCGGGCAGUGGGUGAAUGUGAGAGCUGAUGGUGAUUGGAGUACGCGGUAUAGCUGGCUGGAUAACAGUAAGGCAAUGGUUACUUGGGAGAUUGAGCCCGAGACAGCUACGGGAACGUACAAGAUUAUGUAUCAGGGUUGCAAUAAGUUACUGACGGGAGGAAUUGAGAAACAUAGUGGGGAAAGCUCGCAAUUUUCUGUGGCAAACAGUUGA